CGCCCCUGUGUGCGGCAGCGGGGCCAUGGCCGGGGUCGGGAGCGCAGCGGGGAGGCUGCUCCAGCCCUGCAGCCGGCGGGGCAGCGCGGAGGUACCACAAAAGCAUCUGGCCCCUCUGGGGAAAGAGAGAGAAGCAACCGAGGAGGAGCGGCAAAGCGAAGAGCUGCUGAAACAGACGGCAGCCGAGAGGCAGAAGAUCGUCUGGGAGUGGCAGGAGCUGCGAGGGUUUCUGGAGGAGCAGAAGCAGCGGCUGCUGUCCCGGCUGGAAGAGCUAGAGAGAGCCAUUGUCCAGAGACGGGAUGAGGGCGUCUGCAGCCUGUCCUGGGAGAUUUCCCUGCUCAAUGAGAGGGGAGGAGAGAAGGGGCAGCAGCCGCUGAGCCAACCCCUGCAGGAUGCUGGGAGCACUGGAGGGAGCUGGGAGGACAGGAUGUUUCGGAAGCCAGAGUCGUCAUUUGCGGAGCUGGAGAAGAGACUCAGCGAUUUCUCUCUGAAAAGUGCCAUGCUGCAGGAGGUGCUGCUGGGAUUCAAAGAGAUGCUGCGACGGGGGCUGGGGAGCAACACAGCCAUCCCGAUGAUGAUUAAUUUCUGGGAAACAUCCUCAACAGAAUUAUUUGAAGGUGUUGCAUUGGAGAGUAAAGGCACAGAGGCAGUGGCUUGUGGGAAACAGGGCGGCACAGUAACACCCACCUUUGGCUCCAGAUUGUCCCAGCCUCCCACGGGACAGGGAAGGGAGCUGGCUGUAGUGGAGCUAGUCCAGGGGCCGGUGCCCUUCGAGGAGGUGGCUGUGUAUUUCACCAGGGAAGAGUGGGCUCUGCUGGACCCCCGUCAAAGAGCCCUCUACAGAGACGUCAUGCAGGAGAACUAUGAGAUUGUGACCUCGCUGGCAGGUGACACAAUGGUAUGUGAGAAAGAGGAGCAGAAUUCUCAACAGGAAAAUGUUGAGCAAGUGGAUAAACACAGAGAAUUAUCACAAAGAUCGGAAAGGAAUGUGUCCAGGAGUCAUGAGCAGGGAAACCCCUGUGAGAUUCAGCACAGACCAGAAAGAGAGUGUGGAAACAAGCCAGGAGAGAAAGUAGGUAAAUAUAUUUCCUGUUGGGGAACUCAGAAGGACAUCAAGAGAACCACAACACAGCAGGAAAUCCUCAUGGGAAAGAGAAAAAAUACAUGCACUGAUGGGAAAAACGUAUGUGACUACUCAGCCCAUAUAAAGCAUCAGAGAAUCCACACAGGUGAGAAACCCUAUGAAUGCAGUGAGUGUGGGAAAACCUUCAAGCGCAGCUCACAUCUUAUUACCCAUGAGAGAAUCCACACAGGGGAGAGGCCCUACAAAUGCAGCGAGUGUGGGAAAACCUUCAAUUACAGCUCAAACCUUAUUAAUCAUCAGAGAAUCCACACUGGGGAGAGGCCCUAUGAAUGCAGUGAGUGUGGGAAAAACUUUACUCAAAGAUCAGGCCUUUCUGAACAUCAGAGACUCCACACAGGGGAGAAGUCCUAUGAAUGCAGUCAGUGUGGGAAAAACUUUACUCAAAGAUCAGGCCUUUCUCAACAUCAGAGAAUCCACACAGGGGAGAAGCCCUAUGAAUGCCUUGAGUGUGGAAAAUGCUUCAUUAACAGCUCAGAUCUUUCUAGGCAUCAGAAGAUCCAUACAGGGGAGAGGCCCUAUAAAUGCAAUGAGUGUGGAAAAUGCUUCACUAACAGCUCAGCCCUUUCUGAACAUCAGAGAAUCCACACAAGGGAGAGGCCCUAUGAAUGCUGUGAAUGUGGGAAAACCUUCAAUCGCAGCUCAAACCUUAUUACUCAUCAGAGAAUUCAUACAGGGGAGAGGCCCUAUAAAUGCAACGAGUGUGGCAAAUGCUUCACUAGCAGCUCAGCCCUUUCUAAACAUCAGAAAAUCCACACAAGGAAGAGGCCCUAUGAAUGCUGUGAAUGUGGGAAUACCUUCUCUUGGCACUCAGCCCAUGUUAGCAAUCAGAGAAUCUGCAAGGGAGAUAAACACCAUAAAAACCUCUAAGGCUAUCAAUACUUUUUUUCUUUAAUAUUUUUU